CGUUGACUGUUUGCAACUUGCAACGUUUGGGCCCAUCACGACUCCAAAGACCCAUUUUCCCACGCAAUUACCACUGCUCCUUUCGAAGUAAAAGAACCCAUUCCAAUCUCAGCAGCGGCAGGCCCUCCCUUUAUCUCCCUUAUCAAAACCCACAGCACCUCGCUCUUCGAACCAUCACCGACACAUACCCCCAAGAUGAGUCGCCCAUACGGCAGCCCAGCGGUGGCUACUUCCGGAGGAGGGGGCGGUAGUCUUAGAGGACAGCCACGAUUGAGGGUUGCAAAGUCGCCAAACGAGGCCAUGGCGAGGACGAACUGUGUGUUUGUUAACCCGAGAGAUAUUGACCCGAAUGCGAGAUUUGUUCUGUUGGAGGAUAAUUACGCGUUCAACGUGAGAACCAGCGAUGCCGUACCUCCCGGAGAGAUCUUCACGACAUUGUUCCAUCGGCGUUUCGGGUCUCUGUCGCUGAAUCAGGAAGUCAGUGUGUGGCCCUUCGAUCCGGCGCAGGAGAACCCAAACUGUUUCAUGGGGACCAUCGACCUUCAGGUUGGCUUCUUGAAAAGAAACUUCGAAACAGCAGAGCUCUUCAACGUCCAAGAGAUGGAACAGAUCUUCCGCGCAUCGUUCGACGGGCAGAUCUUCGCAGUCGGCCAAACGGUCAACUUUGAUUUCCACGGCACGGAUCUGUUGUGUGAAGUCGUCGGGAUCACCCCAGUGGACUUUGAGCAAAUCGCCGGCAGCGGGGCGGGACAGAUGGGUGUGGCGAGCACAGCGAGCGGGACGCAACAGGGUGCAGGCGCUGCUGCAAGAUUGUCCCGUGGGAUCUUCCUCAACCAAACGAUCAUCCACUUUGUGAAAGCGAGCGACUCGGCGAUCAAGUUGAAGGGAGAGAAGAAGUCUGCUGCUCCAAACGCUCUGCUGCAGCCGAAUUUCAGCUUUGAGGAUUUGGGGAUUGGAGGGCUUGACCAUGAGUUUUCGCAAAUCUUCCGGAGGGCUUUUGCGUCUAGGAUUUUCCCGCCAUCUAUCGUCGAAAAGCUUGGGAUUCAGCACGUCAAAGGUAUCCUUUUAUACGGACCACCGGGAACGGGUAAAACGCUCAUGGCGCGUCAAAUCGGCAAAAUGCUCAACGCCCGCGAACCACAAAUCGUCAACGGACCUGAGAUCCUCAACAAAUACGUCGGACAGUCUGAGGAGAACGUCCGGAAGCUGUUCGCAGCUGCGGAACAGGAGUAUAAGGCGAAAGGGGAAGAGAGCGGAUUGCAUAUCAUUAUUUUCGACGAGUUGGAUGCUAUUUGCAAACAGCGUGGGUCGAAGAACGAUGGAACAGGUGUUGGGGACUCUAUUGUCAACCAGCUGCUGUCCAAAAUGGACGGCGUAGAACAACUCAACAACAUCCUCAUCAUCGGCAUGACCAACCGCCUCGACAUGAUCGACGAAGCCCUCAUCCGCCCCGGCCGUCUCGAGAUCCACAUGGAGAUCAACCUCCCCGACGAAAAAGGCCGCCUCCAGAUCCUCAACGUCCACACGGCGCGCAUGCGCACCCACGAGCUCCUCGAGCACGACGUCAGCCUGCAGGAACUCGCGGAACGCACCAAGAAUUUCUCGGGGGCCGAGAUUGCCGGGUUGAUCAAAUCGGCUAGUUCGUUCUCGUUUAAUAGGCAUAUUAAGAUUGGGGCGUCGGUUGCUGUGGAUCAGGAUUAUGAGAGUAUGAAAGUGGCAAGGGAGGACUUCAUGUUGGCGUUGGAGGAGGUGCAUCCGUCGUUUGGGGUGGCGGAGAUGGAGUUGCAGCAGUGUGUUGCGAAUGGGGUUAUCAAGUAUGCGCCGCAUAUCGAGCGCAUCUUAUCGGAUGGCCAACUCUUCAUCGAACAAGUCAGGCGCAGUAAACGUACACCUCUCGUUUCCGUGCUCAUUCACGGCCCAUCGGGCGCCGGCAAAACCGCCCUAGCAGCCACAAUCGCCAUGGCGAGCGACUUCCCCUUCAUCAAGCUCAUCUCCCCGGAAAGCAUGGUCGGGUUCACGGAGCAGGCUAAGAUGAACCAUAUCAGCAAGAUCUUCAACGACGCACAUCGGUCAGAGUUCAGUUGUAUCGUAAUUGAUAGCAUUGAGCGCGUACUGGACUGGGUCGCGAUUGGGCCUAGGUUUUCGAAUACGGUUUUGCAGACGCUGAUGGUACUGCUCAAGAAGCCGCCAAUGAAGAACCACCGCCUCCUAAUCCUCGCGACAACAAACCAACGCCACGUCCUCUCCCAAAUGGACCUCACCGAAGCCUUCGCCGCCUCCCUCUACACCCCCCACAUCUCCACCCUCCCCGCAAUCGACACCGUCCUCCGCGAACUUGCCACUUUCAGCGACACCGACCGCCGGCGCGCGAUCGACGCCCUGAGGAACGCGGAUGUGGAAGCGAGGGGACUGGCGAUCGGUGUGAAGAAGUUGUUGAUGGUUACCGAGAUGGCGGCACAGGAUAGGGAGGAUCCGGUGGAGAAGUUUGUGAAUUCGGUGUUGGAUGAGGGGACGAGUGGGGGUGGUGGGGGGAGGGAGGGGGGCAGGGAAGCGAUUUCGAUUGCGUGAGCGAUGGGAAUAGGCAUUUUUUGUGACGCAUGCUCUUGCGAGAUAAUCAGACUCGUUGUAGCGCCUCUGUGGAUCUUUUUUUGUUAUGAACAUUUGCAUUUUCUGUAACUUGUGCUUGAGAAGCCAUUUUUUCUAGCUAUCUAUGUUGCAUUGACUGAACACGUGUGGAUUAUACUCUCAGCUCCACUCUCCGUCGCCCACCC